CAUUGGGGGGGGGUAAUAUAAUACUAGUCAUCGCUCCUCAGCUACAGGCAUUGGUAAUUAUCGGACUUGCAUACAUUAGACUGUCGUCAGCCAUGUCGAGGCUUUGUCAAAGAUAUGUGUCGCUGUAGUUGGUAAACGCAUUGGAUGACCCUGUUGUGUUUUUGUUUUGUUGCUGACAAGUUCCCCGUUGCUGCUUUGUUUUGUGUCUCGAGCGGCGUGCUGUCCAGAUGGCAGCUCGCUGUAAUCAGCUUUAUGCGAGAAGGGCGGAGUGUCCACCACACGUCUCCAGACUGUGAGGUUUGCGUUGGGGUGAAAUCCAAGCUAUCAUGUGAAGGAUUUGGUCUAGUGUGUGUGUUAAGCUGCGCUGCCUUACCCAAGGCAGUGGUCUGUAAAAUGUCACCUCCGGCACUGUGACCAUCAUGACUUAUUCAACGACUCAGCUUCAGGCGGCUGCCAGGCCAAACAGACGGAGCUGGACCUCACUGAAAGAGGGGAUGACAGCGAGAGGGAAAAGAGGGGUUAGAGGAGAGAACAGAGAAAGGCAGGAGAGAGGGGUAAGAAGGGAGAGGGGGGGAAGUGAGGCCUGUUUGAGAGGGGAGACCGAGUACAGAAUGGGAAGAGAAAGAGAGGGAAGAUGUGUGUGGAAAGUGGAGAGAAAAAACAGACGAAUCCGAUCCUCGCUCUGGCACUACAUCCUGGCCCUUUGCCUCACCUUUGACCCUGCGACCUCUCAGGGUCACUUCCCCCGGUUGGAAAACAUCGGAGCCCACAAGCCCGUCACCCUUUCUCCUUCCCGCUCCAGCUGCGGCACUCCCGAGCGCACCACUUACUGCCACAGCCCCACCUCCCUGCAGGAGCUCCACAACUGCAGCCAGGCGUUCUGCAACCAGGAGUGCCCCUACCGUUCUUCCACCCCACCCCAUGCACCCCUACUGCUUCCCGCACACUGGGACACCUGUGUCACCCAGGAUGGGCUGGAUCCUCGCUCCCGGGCAGGAACAGGGGGAGAGGGUGUUAGAGAAGGGGAUGGCUCCAGCAGGAGUGUGAUAUUCCGUUGGACCCAGGGAGGAUGCGUGGCCUCUCCUCCCUUUCAGAGUCUGGGACAUCUGGGCUCCUUCACCCUGGCUGUGUGGAUCAAACCGGAGGCUCCUGGAGACAUGAUGGUGUUGGAGAAGAGUUCAGAGGAGCGGUUGGUGUUCCUGUUGACCGUGUCUGAGUCUGCGGUCAAACUACAGUACGGUCAGCCCAGCAGUCAGGUUGGUACUCUGACCUUCAGCACCCAGGGCAGACUCACAGUGGACAGGUGGACCCACCUAGCUCUACAGGUGCAUGGCAAAAGCGUCAGUCUCUUCCUGGAUGGACUGGAGGAGGACGGCACGCCCUUUGACACUCGACCUCUGACCUCACCCAUCUCUGACAUCAGAAUGGACAGUAACAUGAGAGUCGGACUGAGCUCUAACGGGUCUGAUCAAUUCAUGGGCAGGAUGCAGGACUUCAGAUUUUAUCCCAACACACUGACGAACAGAGAGAUAGUGAAGGUGUAUUCAGGCUUCCUGCCCCCCCUCCACGCUCAGUCAGAGUGCCGUUGCCCCCCCAGUCACCCCAGAGUACACCCCCUAGUGGAGAGGUACUGUAUUCCCAACGCGGUGGAGGACACCACUAAUAACCGCGUGUUGAGGCUCAACAUGGACGCUCACCCUGUUAGCUAUAUCAAUGACCAGGACAUGGGUACAGCCUGGGUGUCCAACAUACUAACUGGAUCUGAGGACAUGGACCAAGGGCUGACCAUCACCAUAGACCUAGUCAACGGGCAGUACCAGGUGUUCUAUGUGAUCCUGCAGUUGGUCAGUCCCCAGCCAGAGGCCUUGCACAUCCAGAGGAGCUGCAGUAACAGCAGCAGCAGCAACAGUAGCAGUGUAGAAACAGAAUGGCUAGACUGGCAGUACAUGGCCAGAGACUGCAGCCUGUUUGGUCUGCAGAACAAUGGACCCCUGCUCAGACCAGACUCUGUCAAUUGUCUACAGUUCCCCAGUGAUGUCCCAUACUCCCAAGGUAACAUCACCUUCAGUAUGUUGACUCCAGAGCCCAACCUGCGUCCAGGCUACAACGACUUCUAUAACACCCCUGCCCUGCAGCAGAUGGUUCAGGCCACCCGGGUCAGGAUCCACCUGAGUGGACAGUACCACACGCAAAAUACAGGGGUGCCCCAACGCCACCGCUACUACGGUGUCAAUGAGAUCACCAUCAGUGGAAGGUGUGAGUGUCAUGGCCAUGCUGAUCAGUGUGACACCAGUGUGACUCCCUACCGCUGUGCUUGUCUGCCAGAGAGCCAUACAGAGGGACACAACUGCCAGCGCUGUGCCCCACUCUACAAUGACAAACCCUUCAGGUCAGGUGACCAGGUCCAAGCCUACAGCUGUCGACCGUGUGACUGCCAUGACCACGCCCUUUCCUGUCACUAUGACACCACAGCUGACGCCCACCCCACUGAACACUACAGAGGAGGGGGAGGGGUGUGUGACAACUGUAUGCACAAUACUACAGGUCGUAGCUGUGAGUCCUGUGUUAGUCAGUUCUACAGGGAGGUGGUUGCUGACCCCAGGUCAGAGGUUGUGUGUCAACCAUGUGACUGUUACACACCUGGCUCCAUCAACGGUAGUCUGGAGUGUCACCCGGUGGGGGGCCAGUGUAAGUGUAAGAGGCAUGUGUCUGGCAGGCGGUGUGAUGCGUGUCAGGUUGGAUUCUACUCUCUGCAGCCAUUGGGCCCCGAGGGCUGUCUGCCGUGUGGCUGCAGCGCUGCAGGCACCCAGGGAGACAACGGCACCUGUCACCAGCAGUCAGGACGGUGCCAAUGCAAGAUACACGUAAUCGGUUACUUCCUCUCUGUGUCGGAGUUGGGGUCUGAGGUGAGCGUGUGUGUGGAGUGUGACUGUCACCCGGUGGGCUCGUCGGGACAGGUGUGUGGCGGCCAGAUGGGGCAGUGUGUGUGUGUUGACCCCUCGGUGGGAGGACGCAGGUGUGACCAGUGUCAGGACCUCCACUAUGGCUUCAACCCUGGGCUUGGCAGGUGCCAGGCAUGUGUGUGUAACUCCGUUGGAGGGGUGAAUGGGUCAUGCCACCCAGAGACAGGGAUAUGCCAGUGUAAAGCCUUGGUGACGGGGGACAGGUGUGACCGCUGUGUCCCUGGAGCCAGUCACCUGGACUCAGACAACCACCUGGGCUGCAGUAAAGCUCCUAUCCAGCAGCCCAGUCCAGUAGGGUUAGUCCUGACCUCCACCUCCAUUCGCCUGACCUGGAGGCCUCCUGACGCGCCCAACACACACACUCUCAACUACACACUGCUCAGGGACGGCCUAGAUAUACACACUACGCAGAGACACUACCCAUUCAGCCCUGUAACUUAUGUGGACAGUGGUUUGUCUCCGUUCAUGGAUUAUUCUUAUCAGCUAGUAACGGCUAACGUUAACGGUCAGACGGUGAGUGUUCCGGUCAGUUACCAGACCCUGGCCGCCGCCCCGGACCCUGACCAUAUCCUUCUGACUCUGGUGGGCCGACCAGGACCGACCACAGCCAACCUCAACUGGACCCGACCACAGAACACAUCAGGUCCACAAGAGAGGUUUGUGCUGACCUCAGUGGAGGCUGGUACUGGUAGGGAGCGGGUCCACUAUACAGGUCUAGAGACCCAGGCUGCAGCCGCUGGCCUCACCCCCUACACACACUACAACCUCACCCUGCAGGCCUGUACUACUGGUGGGUGUACCUCCACCCCUCCCCUGCCCCUCCUCACUUCACCCACCCCCCCACAGGGACAGCCCCCACCCAGGAUCAACGCCACCGGACCGCACCAAACGCACGCAGCUUGGGACCCCCCCGUUCGUCCCAAUGGUGUUAUUAUAAGGUACGAGCUCUUCAUACGAGGGCCAAUGGAAUCACAGAACACCACAAGCCCCGCCCCAGAGCGUAGGGUGUUUGUGAGCAGUGGUUGGCUGGAUCCCCGCCUCCCGUCUGACUCAGCCAAAGAGAGUGCUCUGCCUCCUCCCCAGAGCAGCGCCAUAGUAACAGACCUGCAGGCCUUCUCCACCUAUCAGUUACGAGUUCUGACCGUCAACAUGGCCGGGAGUGUGAUAUCAGACUGGACUACAGCUCGGACACAGGAGGGGGCUCCGGAGUUCGUGGCUCCUCCUGAGGUGUCGGCGGUGUCAUCCUCGUCCCUAAAGGUCGCGUGGAGGUCAGCGCGGGGUCAAGAGGCUAGAGGACAGGUCACUGAAUACAGGGUGAACCUGGUCACAGAGCAGAGGUCCAACCCGUACGCACCACCUGUUAUCACACAGGUGCUGUAUGUUGCCAGUCCAUCAGAGCGUGUGUAUGUAGCAGAAGGACUAGAGGCCUACAGGAGAUAUGACUUCACUGUGACUCUGUGUACCUCACUGGGCUGUGUGACCAGCCUGCCUGCCUCCGGACGAACACUACCUACAGCUCCAGCAGGUCUUGCUCCCCCCAGGUUGAGGCCAGUACAUGGGACACUGAUGGAGGUGACCUGGGACCCCCCCUCUCAGCCCCACGGACCCCCACCACUCUACCAGGUGGAGCGAACCGACCUCUCUCUCUCUGACCCCGGUGACCUCGUCGUUAGGGGGGCGAUGUUUCCCGGCAACGGUUACCACCGGUUCCCCAGCGACACACUACCGGUCAACAGCGACUUCACAGGGCUCCGGUUGAGUUUCAGAACGCGAGCAUCAGACGGCCUGCUCCUCUGUGCUGUGUCUCCUGGAAACCAAGAGGAGUACCUGGCUCUGCAGAUCCGCAAUGGACGCCCAUACUUCCUGUUUGACCCACAGGGCUGGGCAGUGGGAGUGGGAGUGGAGGGUGAUGGGGGGAGGAGCUACAACGAUGGCCAGUGGCACAGCGUCAUGGCAACCAGGAAACAGGCCGUGGGAACGAUCAUUGUGGAUGAUCAAUACCAAGGUAAUGCAUCUGCUUCCAGCGGCAGUAGCAUUAUUGGGGAAAACACAGGGGUGUUCAUCGGGGGGCUACCAGAGGACUUCACUCUACUCAGACAAGACUCAGGUGAUGCUCAGCUGGUACAACAGGGGUUCUCUGGUUGCCUUAGAGACGUGCAGGUGAAGAUGAUUGACAGCCCCUCUGAGGUGUGGCAGCCUCUUGAUUGGUCCAGAGCCACAGAGAGGGUUGUGGCCUAUGAGAGCUGGGAAGGAUGCCCCGCCCACACAGAGGAGGGGGCCCACUUCUUGGGACAAGGGUUCCUAGAGCUGAGUCCAGAGGUGUUCAGUGGAGGAGAAGACUUUGACAUCACCUUUGAGUUCAGGACGGACCAACUCAACGCUCUGCUGCUGUUUUCCUACAACACACACACCUCCGAUUAUAUACUGGCUGAGUUGGAAGGAGGAAUGCUGUCAUUGGUUCUAUCCUGGCGUGGUCACAUGACUGACCUGAGCAUGUGGGCAGGGCUUAGCUACUGCGACGGGGGCUGGAACCAACUCUCAUUGGUCAAACAGGGAGACGUCAUCUCAGCCUCCAUGAAUGAUUGGUCAGAACAGCUGAGGGGGGUGGCAGGGGGGGAGUUGGGGGUGGACUCACCCCUCUACCUGGGAGGAGUGCCUCCUGAACUAAACCAUGAAGCUCUGGUUAGCCACAGUCACAGACAUGGUCUGGGAGGGUGUGUGAGGGGUGUAAUAGUUCGGAGUGGUCCCGUUACCGGUUCCAUUGGUGUACCGGAUGUUUCUGCCGUUAGUCUGUCUGCCUCCACUCGCCGCUCUGUUAUGAUCAAUCUGGACGGCUGCCCGGCAACCGACAGCAUCUUCUAUUGCCGUGGCAAUGACUCUGUACUGGUGUACAUGGGCCGAGAGACACAGGCUAGAGACUUGGGAGUACAACCUUUUACAGAGUACCUGUACAGGGUGGUGGCGUCGGGAGAGGGAGGAUGGACAACAGGACCCUGGGAACGUGGGCGCAGCAGGGAAAAGUCCCCCAGAGUGUUUGCCCCUCCCUCUAGUCUCCAGAGUGGGAGUGGCUUCAGUGUCCAGGUGAGCUGGGCCCCGCCCCUCCAGGCGAGAGGAGUGAUUGACAGGUACGAACUGACGGCCUACAACCUGGAUCAGCCUGACUCAACACCUGUUACUGCCUCCUACCUGUCCACUGGUAACCACACAAGCCUGUUGGAGGGUCUGACUCCGUUUACACGCUACGUUGUCACGGUUACAGCAUGCACCUGGGCUGGCUGUACCGAGAGUCCCCGUGACGACAGUAGAGAUGGAGACGUGAGUUGGAGCAUCACCACUCCAGAAGAGGUUCCAGAGGAUGUGUCCCCUCCCAGUGCUGUGUCGACCCCCUCCUCUCUGGCUGUGUUCUGGGGUCCCCCUGCCAGACCCAAUGGCCUCAUCACCAACUACCUGUUAUACCACAAUGGACAACUACUCUACCAAGGGAACAAUACACACCUCAAUAUCACUGGUUUAGGUGUGUUUUCUCCCCAUAUGUUCGUGCUAAGUGUGUGUACGGCGGCGGGCUGCUCUAACAGCUCCCAGGUUACCCUGCUCACCUCCCAGCAGCCACCUGGAGGCAUGGAGCCUCCCAGCCUCACCGUGCUAGACUCCCGCACCGUCUACAUACAGUGGUCUCGUCCUGAGCAGGUGAAUGGUGUGUUAGAGUUCUACAGUGUGUACCUGUCAGUAGAAGGGGAGGAGCCAGUGUGUGUGUAUAACAGCUCGGAACUGUUUGAAGACCACACCCUCCGUAACCUGACACCAGGCACCACCUACAGCUUCACUGUCACUGCGUGUACGGGGGGAGGCUGUUCCUUCAGCCUCCCUAGCGAGGCUCACACAGAGGAGAGCACCCCUGAAAACAUCCCUGCCCCCUACGUCACUCCUCUCUCCCCCCAUGCCCUCAACAUUACCUGGACACCCCCAGACACACCCAACGGAGUGAUCAGCAGCUAUGGAGUGUGGAUGAACGGUGUGCUGGUCCAGAACUCUACCUCCCUAUGGUUCUCUGUUGACCACCUGUCUCCCUGGAGUCUACACAGCUUUAGAGUACAGGCCUGCACCGCACAGGGCUGUGCCCUGGGACCACUGGUGGAGAGGCGUACGUUGGAGAUGGCCCCAGUAGGUCCUGUGGUGCUGGAGGUUGAUAGUGAAGGACCUACCUCUCUCAGGGCCAAGUGGAGCCAGCCAGCCACACCUAGUGGGAACAUCACCUAUACACUACUGUACACACACAGUCCAGGUCCCGUGGACCCCCCUGUGGUGUCAGCCCUCCAGUCGCAUAGUGUGUCAGUAUCCUGGGCCCCCCCAGCCCAGCCCAAUGGGGGGAUCACCCACUACACUCUCCACCUCACCUCCACACUGUCCCUGUCACACAGCACUGCUACAGUACCAGGCAACACUACCAGUUACAGCCUAUAUAACCUCCUGCCCUACCAACUCUACAGCCUGCAGGUGGAGGCCUGUACCCCGGCAGGGUGUACUCUCUCUGGGGAGUCCCAGUCCUUCCAUACCCCCGCUGCCCCACCGGAGGGAGUCCCGGUCCCCCACCUCUACUCUGACACCCCCACCUCAGUACUACUGUCCUGGGGAGCCCCGGAGAGGAGCAACGGAGAACUGGAGGGAUGGGUGGUGGAGAGGAGUGUGAGAGGCACCCAGCAGGUAUCCACAGUGGUCAGACUUCCCCCGUCCCCUCCUCCCCUCUCCUAUCUGGACCACUCCUCAGCCCUCAGCCCCUGGACCUCCUACCAGUACCGCCUAGUGGCCAGCACACAGGCUGGAUCUAACACUAGUGCCUGGGCUAACAUCACCACCAGACCCUCUCGUCCUGCCGGUCUAGUCCCACCACGGGUAGAUGUGCUGGGACCGGACUCACUGCAGGUCAUGUGGUCCCCUCCUGUCAUUGCUAACGGAGUGAUCGACCGCUAUGAGAUCCGCCUUCCCGACCCGCGCGUAUCCCACGACGACCUGUCCAACCUCACCGUCACGGUAACCGACCUGGUGCCCUACACUAACUACCUGGUCACCGUCCUGGCCUGCUCCUCCGGGGGUGGCCUUAUUGGGGGUUGCACAGAGAGCCUUCCCACUGCCGUGACUACACUACCCACAAUCCCUCAGGAUCUGGCACCACUGGCAGUGGUGGCCGUCAGUGAGUCCUUCCUGGCCGUAUCUUGGCAACCUCCCGACAGGCCCAACGGACCUAACCUCAGAUACGAGCUGCUCAGACGUAAAAGCCGUCAGCCGCUGGCCGCGCAGCCCCCGGCAGAUCUCCAUCGCUGGUUCAAUGUUUACGCCGGAGACAAAUUGUUUCACCAAGAUAAAGGCCUUAGCAGGUUCACAUGGUACCAGUACCAGUUACUGGUCUAUAAUGACGUGGGCUACUCUACAGGACAGCUGGCUACGGGUGUUACCCUGGCAGGAGUACCCCUCCACCCGCCCUCUCUGUCUGUCCAGACCAUCGACCAUACAUCCAUACACAUCAGCUGGACAGAACCCUCUCUACAGGAUCUCCAGGGUGAGGUGGAACUCUACACCCUCAGGGUCGAAUCCUCUCACCUCAGACAAACUCUGACCUUCCCACCCGGGGUCGAUUCCACUGUGAUAGUUGACCUGCAGCCCAACACGCGCUACAGGGUUUCCCUGCAGGUGUCCAAUGGGGCUUACAACACUUCUAAUACCGAGGUCAACUGUACUACUGAAGAUGGAGAGCCAGAGGGAGUGUUUCCUCCAGAGGUGGUUCCAGUCAACAGCAGUACAGUGCGUGUGCUGUGGUCUCCCCCUGUACAGCCUAACGGAGCUGUGACUGAAUACUCUGUCUAUCUAGACGGGACUGUACACGCUACUGCUGAUAACACAUCAGGAUCAUACUUACUGGGAGGACUGCUACCCUUCACCGUCUAUGACAUAAAGGUGGAGGUGUGUACUGUGUAUGGGUGUGUAAAGAGUAACGCUACUCAGGUGACUACAGUGGAGGAUCUACCUGCUGACAUAACACCUCCACACAUACAGGUGCUCAGCCCCAGAUCAGUGAGGGUGGAGUGGUCUUCUCCAGGUCAGCCCUGUGGUAUCAUGCUAGGCUACGAGGUGUGGAGGAAGAUGCUGAGACCCUGUGGGGGGGCCGAGUGGGGGUCAAGUGUGACCCAGGGGGGUGAGGUGUCAGAGGUCAGAUGCUCCUACCUGCAGUGCUUCGCCUCUCAGGGGGUGUGUGGGGCGUCCUGCUACCAACCUCAGAGACAGGUGUGUUGUGAUGGUGUGGUCUACACCAGUAAACCUCUACACCUGUGCUGUGAGGGGCGUUACCUGCCCUCACCAAACUCCUCCCACACUCUGUGCUGUGGUGGGAAGCUCCUCCCACCUCUCCCGGAUCACCAAUGCUGUGGAAGAUACUACAUUCCUGUGGCGACCGGUGAGGUGUGCUGUCUUGAUGCGGGACAGGGACGUGUGUCGGUGGGGGUGGGUGACACUUGCUGUGGGCAGGUGCCUUACUCCCCGUCAGGGGGGCAACUGUGCUGUGGAGGGCUGCUCCAUGACGGCUACAGGUCCCAGUGCUGUGGCAGUACAGUCAUAGAGGAUUCCCUGGUCUGCUGUGGAGAUGCAGAGAGAGGGAUGCCAUACACACCUUUAACAGGUCUGUCCUGCUGUGGGGAGGACUAUUUGAACUCCUCCACAUCACUCUGCUGUGUUGGCCAUGAUGGUUUUCCUAGAAUGCAUCCUGCUGGUAACGGAACGGUUCAUCUGCAGUGCUGCGGGUCAGAGGUCAUCAACCAGGAAGAGGAGUGCUGUAACGGAGUGGGCUACAACCCCCACAGACAUGUGUGUGCUGACAGAGUGUCAUCUGGACUAGUGAAGGAGGCCCAGUGUUUUCCCAGUACUCUGUGUUCAGUUUCUGCUGCCUCCACAGCCUACUGUGGGUCCUGUUCCUUCAACCUGUCUCUCUACAUCUGUACCUGGGUCCUCACUACACACACACCUGAAACCACAACGCUAAACUCACCGCAAACUACACACUCACUCAUGACCUCACACACCCCCCUGACCUCACACACCCCCCUGACCUCACACACCCCCCUGACCUCACACCCCCCCAUGACCACACACCCCCCCAUGACCACACACACUCCUUUGGAACAGUCUGAUCCAGGCCUCUGCUCCUCCCAAGAAGAUUUGAUCUACAGUGGAGUGGCCAAUAGAUACAGCUACACAGACUCAGACUUGGAGCCUUAUACCACCUAUGAGUACAGAGUAUCGGCCUGGAACAGUUAUGGGCGUGGCUACAGCAACGUCACUGUGGUGACAACCAAUGAGGACACGCCCUGGGGAGUGGCCCCGCCCCACUGGAGUCGCAUAGGCGACCGUGAUGACGUCGUACAGCUACAUUGGCAGGCUCCCGCCAAGCCCAAUGGUGACAUCAGCCACUACGUGGUGCUGCGUGACGGACAGGAGCGUUACCGAGGAGAUGAGAGGAGCUUUACAGAUGUGGGUGGGAUCCGUCCGUUCCAGGAGUACGGGUACUGGCUCCGGGCCUGUAACACCGCCGGCUGCACCGACAGCUCACAGGUCCUGGCUGUUACUGUGCAGGGGAUACCAGAGGAAGUGGGUUCUCCCAUAGUUACAGCUCUGGGUCCUGGCUCUCUAAGGCUCAGCUGGGCCCCUCCCUCUAAAGCCAAUGGCAUCAUACGACUCUACCACAUCAACAUGACUAGCACCGGGACAAUACACACUCACACACCCUCGGAUGGACCGCUCAACUACACUCUUACAGGUCUGCAGCCUCACUCUGACUACAGCUUUGUGUUGGUGGCCUGUACAGCGGUGGGCUGUGGAGCUAGUCAGCCAUCUACAGGACGCACUCUGCAAGAUGCUCCCACAGGAGUGUGGUCCAGCCCUAGACAUGUGGUGGUAAACUCUACAGCAGUAGAGCUGUACUGGGACCAGCCCUUACAGCCUAACGGACAUGUGGCCAGCUACCGUCUACUCCGAGGCGGUUUGACUGUGUUUGCUGGAGACAGCCAGGAUAACAACUACACGGACACACAACUGCAGCCCAACACCAGGUAUGUGUAUGUGUUUGAGGCCAGUACCGGGGGCGGUAGUGGUUUGAGUAGCAGGUACGUCGUCCAGACACCAGUCUCCUCCCCUCUGGGAGUCCCGCCCCCUCAUAACGUCACCGUGUUUGGCCCCCGCUCUCUCUUCGUCUCCUGGACACCCCCAGGUGUGUUCAACACCAGUCUUCCUCUAUACUACAACAUCCUGUUGAAUCCAGGAAGUGCCAGGUCUGUGAUGCGUACGGUGGGACGGGAACAGAACCUCAGUGUGUCUGGGUUAGACCCCUACACCCAGUACCACAUCAGAGUCCAGGCCUGCCAAGCCGAUGGGUGUGGGUUGGGUGAGGGGGUGUAUGUGCGUACCUAUGAGGCCCCUCCAGAGGAUAUGGACCCCCCCACAGUGACAGCAGCAGGAGCCACGGUCAUCCAGGUCUGCUGGAACCCCCCCCACAAGCCCAAUGGAGUCAUCAUCUCAUACUUCAUACACAGGCGACCAAUGGGGACGGAGGAGGAGCUGUUGGUGUUUAUCUGGUCCAAUGGGCCGCUAGAUUUUAUCGACGCCAGCGACGCCCUCCAGCCCUUCAGACAAUACCAGUACAGUGUACAUGCCCACAACUCCCGCGGCUCUGCUCGCAGCCAAUGGGCUUCAGCUGUCACCAUGGAGGCGGGUCCAGAGGACAUUGCUCCUCCUAUUGUCACACCGACGAGUGCAUACUCAGUACAGUUGAACUGGACACAGCCUGGACAACCCAAUGGAAGGAUUUCACAGUAUCGCCUGGUGUACAGAAAACAGCCCACAGACCCCACACUUAACACCUCUACUAUUAUUGCGUUGACAGUACCGGGAAGUACUCUCCAGUCCAGUGUGUAUGGCUUGGAGGCGUUCAGUGUGUACAGUGUGCGUGUGGAAGCAGUGAACGGGGCAGGCAGUGUAUCCAGUCCCUGGGUCAGCAUUAGGACCCUGGAGGCAUCGCCUGCCGGACUGGCUAACUUCAGUCUGGAGCAGAGAGAGCAGGGCCGGGCCCUUCUGUUAACCUGGGACACGCCUCAUACACCCAACGGGGUUAUCACGAGUUAUAACAUCUACAGUGAGGAAAACCUGGAGUUCAGUGGUCUGUCUCGCCAGUUCCUGUUCCGACGAUUAGAACCCUUCUCCCUCUACUCUCUGGUUCUAGAGGCCUGUACCUCCGCAGGUUGCACCCGUACCCCCCCUCAGUCUGUUACCACGGCAGCAGCCCCCCCGGGCGCCCAACCCGCCCCCAUACCCAGCGCUAUUGGCCCACACAGCGUAGAACUCACCUGGAGUCUGCCCACUCAUCCCAACGGACCAAUAGGAGAGUACAUUCUGCUGGGGCGGAGUCUGGAUGAUGAGAGGAGGGGGAACAACGAGGAAAUAGCGCAGGCCAAGGUACUGUUCCGUGAGAGUUCCACCCAGGCUUCUAGUUUCUCCCACGCUGUGACGGGGCUGCGGCCCUGGACCCAAUAUCAGUUCAGCAUCCGUGUCCACAACCCCGCCGGACACGCAGACAGCCCCUGGGUUACCGUGACAACCAGACAGGCCCCCCCACGUGGCCUAACACCGCCCUCGGUUGUCCACGUGGAGGGGAACCCCUAUGAGCUCCUGGUGUCAUGGACCCCCCCACUGGAGAGUAACGGGGUGCUUUUGUCUUAUAGGAUCCAGAGAGAUAACGUCAGUUUCUCGUUUAGUUUUGACCCCAGUGUUUUCAACUACACAGACGAGGACCUGUCUGCCUUCACCUCCUAUAGAUAUGCUAUUACAGCCUGUACUGCUGAGGGCUGUGUUACUAGUCCUGAAACACAAGUAAAGACACUGGAGGCUCCCCCCGCUGCAGUGGACUUUCCCACCAUAACCAGCAUCACAGCCGAUAGUAUCAACGUGUCCUGGACCAUUCCAUUAAUACAGAAUGGGGAGGUGACGCAGUACAUGCUGGAGGCCAACGGAAAGGAGGUUUAUCGUGGGAGUGGCUUGUCUGUGGUGAUGUCAGAGCUGCGGCCGCACACACACUACCGCCUCAUCCUAUUGGCUUGUACCAACGGGGGUUGUACCCCCAGCACCCCUAUCAAGGCCCAAACCCUUGAGGCCCCCCCUCAUGGUCUAAAUCCCCCCUCCCUCAAAGUCACCGGCCCAGAGUCUCUCGAAAUCACAUGGGGCGCACCGAAGCUCCCCAACGGUAUCGUCACAGGUUACGAGCUCCGCCGGGAUGGCCAGGUCAUAUACGUCGGGAUGGAAACGCGUUACCAUGACUUCACGCUGUUGCCGAGCGUGGAGUACGGCUACAGCAUAACGGCCAACAACAGUCAAGGAGCGGUGACCAGCUCUGUGGCCAAGGCCAGGACUCACCCGUCAGCUCCCUCUGGUGUUGGACCUCCCACACUGCAGCCUCUGGGGCCACGGCAGCUGAGGGUGGACUGGGAGCCCCCAGCGAGACCUAACGGGGUGAUCGUCAGCUACACGGUGUACCAGAGAGACCCGACCAUGCCCUCAACACACAGCUUCCUGUAUGACCCAGAACACAGCGCCUUCUCCGGACGCUCCAUCAUAUUGAAGCAGCUCACACCCUACCACAGGUACGAGGUGAGAGUGGAGGCGUGUACAGAGCUGGGCUGUGCCUCCAGUGACUGGGUCUCAGUGCUGACACUAGAGUCUCCUCCUACUGGCCAGUCCAUACCGCUGCUGGAGCUACAGAGAGACACCAGGGGCCUACAGACCAUCUUUUUGCUCUCUUGGCCCCCCCCGGCCCAGCCCAAUGGUAGAGUCCUACACUAUGAGGUCUAUAGGAGACUGGGUCAGAACACUGAGGUUAGCGGGGGUGCAGCAGCGCUGGUGUAUAGGAAUGAUUCCGCAACGUGCCGUGAUGCCGGUCUCCUGCCCUACACUGACUACCAGUACCAGGUUUGGGCCGUGAAUUCUGUUGGUCGUUCAGGAAGCCAAUGGGCCAAUGGGAGAACAGGUCCCGCCCCUCCUGAGGGUGUUGGCCCGCCAAUCUUCCUGCGUAUCUUAGCAACCUCGGCUGUUGUUGACAUCCGCCCCCCCACAAGGCCCAAUGGCAUCGUCAGCCUUUACAGGGUGUUCUCACAGGGCCCCAACGCUACACACACACUGCUUUCAGAGGGGAUAUCUCGUCAGCAGACCCUCCAUGGUCUGAGUCCAUACACUCAGUACUGGGUAGGAGUAGAGGCCUGUACCUGCUAUCAGUGCUGCAGCCAGGGCCCCGUGAGUGAGCUACGCACCCAGGCCUCCCCCCCAGCACAGCAGCCAUCCCCUCGCCCAGUGGCCCUGACAUCACGCUCAGCACAGGUGGAGUGGGACGAACCGCUCGCCCCCAAUGGACUCAUAGAGAGUUGUGAGCUGCACAUUCGUUCCUCCUGCCCCCAGCCUCCCCAGCCAGUCCCGCCGCUCUGUGUGGAGGGACCAAUAGAAACGCGGUUCUUCGGGAGGGGCAGGAACUACAACGUAACAGGUCUGCAACCCUACUCUAGCUACCAGCUCAGAGCUUCCUGUUAUAACAACAUGGGUAGUACCGCCUCCAACUGGACUACUGUUACUACACUCACUGAUGCUCCUCAGUAUAUCUCUCCAUUUGAGGUGUACAGUAACCUGACUCUGGUGUGGCUGGACUGGAGUGCCUCUUUCUCUCUGAACGGUCUUCUGAGAGACUACUCACUGACAGACAACAACCUGAGAGUCUACAUUGGCUUCCACAGCUACCUCUAUAUACCCCGCACCUCAGAGAAGACCCUCUCCCUCCAGGUGACUUGUACUACAGACAUUGGCAGUGCCAGCACCCCUAUCAUCAGAUACAGUCCUGCUACAGGCAUGAGUCCAGUGGAGCCCACCCCAGGAGGGAAGCAGGGUGUGGGGACCCAGGGAGCUCCAGUCUACUCUGAGAUGUGGUUCAUCCUGCUGCUAGUCUUUCUGGGUCUCCUGGUCUUGGCUGUGCUGCUGGGCCUGGUGCUGAGGAGGGCCCUGAGGAAAGAACCCUUCAUUAGAGAACGCCCCCCUCUCGUCCCCCUGCAGAAGAGGAGCCAGGCGGGAGGAGACGCUUUCAUGAGGCCGUAUUCUGACAUGUGUUCUAAACAUCACGCCAGUACUCUCCUCCUCACUGACCUCUCCACUGUUGCAGGCCUGACGGACAGUAAGAUUGUGGGCGGAGGCUCACGGUUCAGCCCCAUGUCGGUCCUCCGAGUGCCCAGCCAAUCACAGCUCAGCCACGCCUACUCCCAGAACUCCCUGCACCGCAGCGUCAGUCAGCUGAUUGAACAGGACAGGAAGUCUCUGAUGGGGGAGGGAGGACAAGACUCUGGGCUGUAUGUGGAGGAUGAUGAGUUUGUGGAAGCCAUCAAAGCCUUCAGCUCUGUGAGGAAGGAACACACCAUGUUCACAGACACACACCUCUAGAUGCCCCCCCCCCACACACACACACACUACAACCACCAACACCUGGGCUCUCGACACACUACAACUGAACUGAAAACCCAGAACUCAACUUACAAACGCAGUCAAAACAUGAACACAAAACAUGGACCUCAAACUGAAACCAUGAACCCUGAACUCAAGUUAGGAAUCCUGGAUUCAGAACUGAAAGAACCCCAGGCUUUCUAAAACUCCUAUACUCGUCAUUUUUACUUUAUGCCAACUGUCAUAACCUAGAAACAGCUAAACAUUUCAGCAAGUGUGGAACUCAAAGCAAUGCCUCUCAUCUCUUUCAUUUUAAUCAUAACAGCGAACCUACUGUAAGUGUGUGGUAACUGUGCCUAGUAAACCUAGCAUCAAUGACAUUUUUAAUGGUAUUUGUGACAAGACCAUUUUUAUAAUCAGUGUCAAAGCCAACUGUUUAUGUGAAUCAACUAUAUCCACAAAUGUAUCAUCUGACAGUAUUUGGUUGAUCAAUGUUGUGGUAAGUGGUUGACGGAAGUUUUGAUGUGGUAAUAUUUUUCUUGAGGUUAACCAUAGUGCUGUGUGGUGCUUCCACACACCUAACAUUGUGUUUCAAACUACACUACAUGACCAAAAGUAUGUGGACGCCUGCUCACGGAGCAUCUCAUUCCAAAAUCAUGGGCAUCAAUAUGGAGUUGGUCCCCUCUUUGCUGCAAU